UUUAUAGCUGUGGCAAAUUCCUAGGAGUCCCACUUCAUACUCGAUAAGAGAUCCAUGGCCCUUCAUAACCACUACUAUUCCACUAGUCAGGCGAUUGUUCUCGGAGUGGCAAAGAUGGGAAGCUUGAAGCCGCUCACCGCUCUCGUCCUCGGAGUUCUCAGUGGGUCUUGGGCAUUUCAAUGCCCUGAUGCUGGGCAGUAUCCUCAUGAGGUGUACUGCAACAUUUACCAUUCUUGCACGGGAGCAGGGAUGACAGGGGAAGAGACUGAAUGCCAGCACGACUGUCUCUUCAACACCGUAACACAGUCCUGUGACAAGCCGGAGGUUGUAGACUGUCAAGAUCGAAGCAUUCGUAGUCCAGAUACGACUCAAGAUUUCGAGUGCCCGAUGGAAGAGGGAACAUUUGCCCACGAAACAUACUGCUACCUCUACUAUGUCUGCAUCGAAUACCACCACACCCUCUUGGAAUGCUUUGGAGACAACCUUUUCGAUGACGUCAAGAAAACAUGCGAGAAUCCAGAAAUAGUCGAUUGCGGGGAUCGCCUUCCUAGACCGACAACACCCCAGGAAACUUCAAGUACGUCGACAACAGAAACGACAGAGACGACAACAGAAUCGCCCACGACGACGGAAUCGCCUACGACGACGGAUUCGCCCACGACGACGGAAUCGCUCGCGACGACAGGAACAGGUGAUUUCGAAUGUCCAGAGGACAACGGGUUCUUUCCGGACCCAGAGAGCUGCGAGUCGUACUAUGAGUGCGUCAACGGCGAAGCAUUCCACUUCAACUGUUCUGAUGGAACCUGGUGGAAUCCCAAUCUUGACACAUGUGAUUUCCCUGAUGAUUUUUGCACUCCAUCGAAUGCCAAUUUCCGAACGGAUCGACAACUGGCGAAGAAAGGCGGGCAUCAUCCGCUGGCCUUCCGAGUACAUCCACAGCGAUCACAGCCAGUUCAUCGAUUUGCCAUCCUCAGAGCUGAACAGAGCAAGAAGUCUCCCAAUGCAGCCUCAGCAGAUCAGACUGUAAAGAAGUCAAUAGCACAAGUGCGUCACCGAGGCGAGUUUCCUCGUGUCUUCAAAAAUGGUGCGGGACCUCUCAACGAAUACUUGAAGAAGAACGAAGCGGCCCAGGUCAGACGACAGCAGGAACCCCACUUUGAAUCGGAGAAGCUCUUGGAAAAUCAUAAAACCCAGGAUGAAGCCCAGGAGCUAGAGAAGCAAAAGAUCUCUCAGCAGGGAAAGCAGUUCGCGGAAGGCCACAAGGUCACUCUCACGCAGCAGAGAAAGAUUGAUGUCUCUCAGAAGGCCGGACACGAACGAAAGCAACUGCUGAAGCCAAGAGUUCCCAAGCUAUCCAUUCACAUCCGCAAUAGUGGAAGGCCUGAAAUACGUAGGCUGAACCCGAUCUUGUCGCAGAAGGUGCAUAUUGUGCAAUAA